ACGUUGUGUAUCGCUGUACAGGAAGUGGAAUGAGUAACAGAAGAGUCUCGAACAUAUAGGGGCAUCGGGAACGUCAUGGGCGAAUGUGAAAGAUUCGCCGAUUGGCGGUCAAACUAGGCCUAGUUAUUGUUAUUGUGCGUCAGUGAACAGAUGAAACGUGUGCAGUGCCAUGACUACAGCUAAAUAGCCAAGUAUUCAGAGAUACUGGAAUGGCAUCGCUUGUGUGGAAGAGUCCUGUUGCUAGGUCAUUUGCAAAAUGAAAAGUCUGAGCACCUGUCUGAGGUGUACAGCAGAGAAGAAAAUUGAGGCGAUGACAUAGUGAGAAGGACAACCAUGGAAGAGACUGUAUUUUAUGAGGCAUUGUACGCGUACAAUGCUUACGGUGAUAAUCAGCUGUCCCUGAUUCCUGGUGACGUGAUUGAGGCAGUGAAGGCGGCCAAUGAAGGUUGGCUACGUGGAACCAACCACAGAACGGGGGUCACUGGCUUCUUCCCUCUCUCGUACGUUCGCCCACGUCACUCUCGAGACGAAACCAACGACUCUGGCUACUGCGAACUCGUCGCUUCCCCUGGUCCCCUGUGUUCCAGGAAGCAGCAUCAUCUCAUUGACAUCUACCUGGUUACUCCUGUCCUCUGCAAACACUGUCGCGACUACCUGUGGGGAGAAGCUAGUGUUGGCAAGAAAUGCCAAGAGUGCCACAGUUGUUUCCACCACGUGUGUGCUCAGUUCAGCAUUCUUCAUCCUUGUCAAAAGGAUUCUUCCUCUCUUCCCGUCACUUAUUCCAAGGCUGUGCCAUUGCACCAGUGGACGUGCGAGAACGUUCUAGACUGGAUGGCAUCGGUGAACAUGUUGGCAUAUGCUGACGUCUUCAAGGCUAAGGAUGUCAAGGGCAGUGACCUUGCCUCUCUAGACAGGGAGAAGCUCUCGGCAAUGGGAAUCAGAGAAGAGUACCCUCAGAAUGCCAUACUGCUCUGUAUUGGCGAACUCUGCCGUGGGACUAGUGCACAUCCUCUGCAGGGCGAAGACGGAAGCAACUAUUCGAACUCCUUACUGAAAGAUGAAGGUGCCACGAGGCAGUCUCACCAGUUCGAGUGCCAGAGCUUUGUGGAAGCGGAACAAUGCGACAGUUGUCGACAUUUGCUGCGAGGUCUUGCCCACCAGGGCCUCUUGUGCCACGACUGCGGCUUCGUCUGCCACAGAGCGUGCGCUGCCACAACUGUACUUCCUGCCUGCAGGGCGCAGCAGCCGCACAGGCCGCACCGAGCUAGUGCGCUUGCCCUGGCGGCGCUGUCGAGGGAUUUAACGACGCAGUUUAACCUGACCGAGCAGUCUGCCCCAUCUUAUCUUCUCCGAUGCAUACAGGAAAUUGAGUUAUUUGCACAUUUGCAUCCAGCCGUAGAUCUUUACAAGGUGUACACAUCUUGCUCCUACCCGGAUCAGCUUCCAAAGCUCACGGUCAAACUCAGAGAAGAUCCAAUGAAUGCGGAUCUUUCUGAGUUCAACAUUUACUGCCACGUGGGGGCGCUCAAGAAGUACUUGAUGGAAUUGCUGAAUCCCGUUGUUCCAGUACAGUUCUACGAAAGGUUUCUCGAAGCUGCAAAGCAUGGAGGCGAGGAAGAAUGCAAGGUUCGCCUCUUACAGUUGGUGCACCAGCUUCCACCUCAUUACAGCGCCACUCUGCGCUACAUCAUGGCUCACCUAAAUAGACUCUGCCGUCUGCAACACAGUCACGGCUUUAAGGAACGUCCACAAGCACUCAUCAACGUCUUCUGCUUUCUUCUGCUCAGGCCUGCUUGGGAGAGCAUUGUGAAUAUUAUUCGCAACGGUAAACUGCACGCUCGCAUAAUAGAGAUCCUCUUCUUCCACGGGGAGUGGGGAGAAGUACUUCCGAGCUUUGAUGCGACACCACCUGCCCUUCCGCCUCGACGACUGUCUCGGACGACGCACAGCGUCACCUCUCCGACAGACCACGCUCCCAAGAGUUUGCAAGAAGCCGAGUGGUAUUGGGGUGACAUAUCUCGGGAAGAGUGCCAAGAGAAAAUGAAGGACACUCCAGACGGAACGUUCUUGGUCCGUGACGCCACUGACAGGGGUUCUGGGGAUUACACCCUUACCUUACGUGUGGGUGGAAGCAACAAGCUCAUCAAGAUCUACCAUCGCAUGGGGAAAUAUGGAUUCUCUGAGCCUCUCAACUUCAAUUCCGUUCCAGAACUGAUCCAGUACUUUAGGAAUGAAUCGCUUGCGCAGUACAACUCUUUCCUCAAUGUCAGGCUGCUCUACCCGGUCUCCAAAUUUCAACAAGCGGAUAUCGAAGAUGUGGAUGCAGACGUGGAAAAAGUGGGCCUGAAACUGAUGGAGGCCAAUCGAGAUUUCCUCAACAAGACAAAACAGUUUGACCAGUUCCAUGACCAGUUCACUCGUUUGAACAAUGAACUGCAGCUUAAAAACCAGGCUCUCCAAUCAUUUUCUGAAGCUGUUGGCAUGUUUGAAGAGCAGCACGAGGUGCUCAGGAGGUUCCAGAAGGAGGCCUCGGAACACGAGCGCAAAAGCUUGGAAGAAAACAAGCACGUACUGGAGCACCGUCUGAAUAACCUGAAAGAAAGCAAAGCGCAACUGGAGAAAGAUGUGAAAGGGCGUCAGGCGUACUACAAAGCGUUGGAACGGGAAAUCAAUGGUCUAAAGCUGGAGGUUGCCGAGGCAAACAAGCAAAGGGAACAAUGUCAGAUUUGGCUCACGAGUAAAGGCGUCAAAAAGGACACCAUCAACAAGCUGCUUCAGGAAUCCUCGGGGGAAGUGAAAGAAAAGGUUUGCGACGAGCCUGAAACACUUCCCCAUCACAACGAGAGCACGUGGUUCAUACAAGACUGCGACCGUGGGGAUGCUCUGCGGCUCCUCGAGGGACGUUGCAACGGGACCUUCCUUAUCAGGCCGAGCAAGACUUCGGGACAGUACGCUCUUUCCAUUGUCGCUGAUGGAACGGUGAACCACUGUCUCAUCAUGAAGACAGACAAGGGCUUUGGCUUUGCGGAGCCCUACAACAUCCACCCAACGUUACGCAGCCUCGUCUUGCACUACGCCAAGACCUCACUCGAGGAGCACAACAAUAAACUCAAGACCACCAUGGCGUACCCAGUGUUUGCCCAACACAACAGCUGAGUCAAAAUGCCGACUGAUCUCAAAGCAUUGCCUGCGUGUAGACAUCAUCGUCACUCUAGGACUUUUUUCUAAUAAGUUUUUUUUGAAGAAUUUAAGCAUACCUGUGAUGAGCACGGUUGUUGUCGUUAAAAUGCCUCCACAUUGUUUUUCUGUCUCAUGCACAUGUCCUCCGCUCUUAAGAGGAGCGUUUUGUCUUUCACUUUUCUUUUCCCCAUUUCAUGACAGCAUUUUUAUACAUAUACAUACAUACACAUAAGUCUAUAUUAUAUAUAUAUAUGUGUAUAUCAUUCUUUUGAGAGGACAUGUCAACUGUGUACAUAGAUUUGUGCAUGUGUGUCUGUGUCUUAGCUCUAUGUGCACAAGCUUGCUGUUCGGACGAAAUAACAAUAUCCCCCAUUUUGAGGGCUAUUUCAUGUGCACCGGUGUGAAUUUUGUGAGAAGGGUUGCCUUCAAAGUUGCAGUCAGUGUUAUGUGAGACAUCAGGAACAACUAGAAAUGGAAUUGUUUCACUUGUUUCAUGUCCUCGGGAAUAUUUGUUGCAAAGUUUUGUAGAGAAGGAAUGCAUGCCUUUGCAUAGCUGAAAAUUGGUGUUAUGGUAAACUGUGUGUGCAGUGGUGGAUUUGUUUAUUAUGGAGAAGAAAUGCAAAAUUUUAAACUUCAUUCAAAAAAUUGUCUAGUCAACUGACACUUUGCACAUUCCCAGAGCCAAGAGAAACUCUGUGUUGCGGGAAACAUGUGCAGUGAGCACAUGUGGAAAUAGCAUAGAAUUUUGAAAUGUGAACCAGUAUUACUUGGAAGAACAAAAAAGAUAGUGUGAGACCCCCAUUUUGUACGUCCGUGAGUCUACCUACAUAGUAAGUGAUGAGAUAUAUAAAUGAUGAUGCAGAUUUAGGACUAUUUUGUACCUUUUCAAAUGGGUGUGUUUUAGUGACAAAAAAAUUAAAUGUUUCAUGUACAAUAGAGCCCCUGGGUACACCAGAGAGAUGGGUUGCUUGUGACUUCUGAGUGUCUUUUUGUACGAGUGUGCAAAUGCAGUGUACAUAAUGAAGCAUUAUUUUUCUUUAGGAUCUUCAAAUGCGCAAAAGUUUUUUCUAUCCAAGUAUUUCCUACACUAUGACUUUUCUUUGUCUAGUUGCUGAAGCAAUCAAAAUACACUACCAGUAGAUAAGAUAACAGAGCCCUGUUAUGUUUGGCAAUCUGUUUCAAAAAUACGCAAGAAUUCAGGAUGCCGUACGUAAAAACCUUAGUCUGUUACCUUUUGAGAUUUUUGCUGCACAAAAAAACAUCAAAACCAACUAGACAAUCUUAUCAGUAGUGUUCGGACUUAAAGAGGAAGUGCCUUUGGCCACCAAGUGUUUAAGGCAAAUUUAGAUUUUUUAUUUUGAAUGCAGCCAUCAUGUGUUUUUGUAAAGGGAAAAUCAAUUGAAAGUUGUUUCACGACAGAAUGCAUUGUUUACUGCCAGUUGCAGACUGCCAACGGAGAAAGGGUGAAAAGGUUACUACAUUUGUUAUUUUUGUGGAGAGGACCUUCCCCCAUAAUACAGCAUUAGUUGUCAGUGUGAUAGUUUUUGCAUCUUUGACCUAGAGGAUACAAUUGUUUGUCACAGCUAGGAUUCUAGCUGAUUGCCAAAACAUUAAGCUGGUCGAAGGAAUUGGGAAAAAAUGCGGAAGUACAAAUUGCUCGGAUACUUAGUCGUUCCAUAUGUACAUGUCGUCCUCAAAAAAAGUAGCAAAGCUGCAAAGGAGCAUGUUUGUAAAUAACUAGGACAAUUAACUAUAAAACAUAAUCAAUUUUGUUGCUGACAACGUGUUCUGUGUCUGCUCCGUAGUGCACGCAGCGUUACAUCUGAUAUGGGCACCAGACUUUUUUUUUUCCACUCAUUCUACUAGUCAGUGGACAGCAUAUGUGUUGCGCUUGCAGUCUCUGUCUCUUCCAUGUCUCCCAUUCUUUUCAAAUGUAACCUUUUAUUUUUUUUUUUUUUUUCCUUUUUUGUAGGGGGUUGCACUUAUGAAAUUUCAGAAUGUCUUGCCCAUUCCAGUCUGAGUUUUUUUUUAGAAAAAAAAAAAGAACUGUGGCAAAGAAAAACUCUAAAAUAUAGGAGAUAAAAAAAAAAAAGAACCACAUUCUGUGACUUGUGGUUUCUGAAAAUAAAUGUAAUAAAUUUUGAAA